AUGCGGAUGAUUACUCGUAUACCGUCCCUGCUGGGCCUGGUCAUACUUUUCUCGUCCUUAUUCUACUUGUACGAGAACCGCAAUCUCAUCGAGCAUGGCAAUCUCCAUUCAGUCGACUAUUGGCAUAGCAUCAAAGAUGCUGCUGAAAGUCACAUUCCACGUCUAAACCCCCAUCACCAGAAGCCCCUGGCCAACUCUUCAAAGGCGGCUCCUGUUGAGACGAUCAAGGCCAAUACAACUGCUUCGCCAUUACAGGUGGCUUUGCCUCAAGAGUCCUUGACCCCACCACCGGCCAAAGCUGAGGUUCCUCAUAACCCGGCCAAGUCAUCUGUGUCCGAAGCCCGCCGUGUGGCCAUCCAAUUGCCUGAACCAAGCUCUGCUAGAGAUCAGAAAUCCAAGACGACAACCUCUAAAGCUACCUCGAACUUCAAAGAACCCGGCCACGAUAAACUCAGCAGCUCUCGCAAGACUGGUGCUAGUCAGUCACAGCCACUUGUCCCUGUCAAGUCUGGCAAAUCUUUCUCCGCCAUCCAAGGUGCCACCAAAAAGGGCCAACAAUAUAAUGGUCCUCGCCGAAAUAGCCUUCCCAUGCCUUAUCCUGCUGGAAUGUUGUCCUAA